GGACCGGACGUGAUGACGCAGGUCCUCUGGCCUGUAUACGUGCGCGUUCUCGAGUGCGCUCGGAACAAGUAAAGGACGAUAAGGCUUCAUCUAGUGCUUUGCUCCAUACCGCCUUAGCCUCUGGAAACAGCACCGAUAUUUAUAUUAUUACGUAUUUAAAAACAUUUAAUCAUGAGAAGGAAGCUGUUUGAGGUAAUUCUCGCCGUUUUUAUCGGCUGGUUCCAUGCCGAAGCUCUGAAAGAUCCAGCCAUCACGACCAAUCCAGAGGUGGUGGACAAGAACAUGACCUCUGUAACUCUCAGCUGCAAUCUUAACAACAAUUCUUCUUUCGUCAAAGGCCACUAUUGGACCUUUAAUGGCAAGAUUAUUGACCAGUCCGAAUCAAGUAGUGUUGACCGUUACAUUAAACAUGAAAUUAAAAAGGUUGAUUACCACUCUGCUGGACUAUAUGCAUGUGUCUUCCUAACAGAACCUCAGGAAAAUGCAACCAUUAAAGUUAAAGCUGUCCCACAUGCAGUGGCCUACAAACACUCUGAAAAUGCUAAUGAGAAAGACAAGGCUGUCCUGACAUGUGUGAGCCAUGGAUACCCCGAUCCUACUGACUGGAGUUGGUUCAAGCUCAAAGAUGAUGAUGAUGAAGAUAAGAUGCCCAUUGUCAAUAACACUGGUGAAAACAAGUAUGAGAUAAAGAACACCCCCAACAAGACCAUGCUGUAUGUGAAUGAUCUGGACAUCAACGAGGACAUGGGCAUAUACCAGUGCCAAGGCAUCAAUGAAAUGGGAUCAACCAGCGAUAAGAUUCAGCUGCAUGUGCGUAGCCAGCUGGCUGCCCUUUGGCCAUUCCUCGGCAUUGUCGCUGAGGUCAUUAUCCUCAUCACCAUCAUUUUCAUCUACGAGAAGAGGAGAAAGCCAGACGAGAUCAAUGAUGAUGAUGACUCAGGAUCUGCACCACUGAAGAGCAACGCCGCUACCAACCACAAAGACAAAAAUGUCCGGCAAAGGAACUCCAACUGAGGAAGGAGACAAGGUGUCUUGAUGACUACUGUUGAAGAUAAUGUGGAGCAUGGAGUUACUGAGAAGCCUAUUAUAGUGCACACUGCAAGUUCUUCACCUUCUGCUUGAGUGUAAAUGUCUUGAGAGAUUAAUCGGUCUCCUUUUACUCUUCAUAUCCAUAUUGUGCUAUCAACAGAUUAUUUUAAAUUUGGGGGGAGGGGGAAAUGCAUGAUUGCACUAUUGCUGUAGAAGUGUUUAUUGA